AUGUCGCUAUCACUCUUUGCGACCAUCCCAAAACUCAACGGAACAAACUAUGCUAGCUGGAAGGACCAUGUUACCGCGUUCUUGUACACUCAAGACCUUGGCUCUAUUCUUGAACCUGCACCUGCCGUUGCUAGUGCCACUGCCUCUGCUUCAGCCUCUGAUGCGGAUAAGGGUUCUAACCCUGCUGAGUCGCUGUUCUCGGGGCUAUCGAAGACCGCCCAGAUGCAAAGUGACGCCAAGGCCUAUGGACUCAUCUUCUUUCUUGUCAAAGAUGCUUGCCGAGGACCCUUGAAUGCUCUGGCAACAAAAUUGGGACGACAGGCAUGGGAAGUCCUUCAAAAGGAGUACAAGAGAGAUUCCCCAUCUACGUGUAUGUCCCUUCGUAAAAAAUUCUACUCUAUCUCACACGACUCCUCGACAUCUGUCAAGACCUUCAUCAAAGCUGUUCUCUCUAUCUGCACGUGA